AUGAUGACAGCAGAGAGCAGCCCUCUGAGCACACAUGUGUUGAACACCAGUGAUGGGGUCCCAGGAGCCAAGAUGGCGCUGAGCCUGCAUCAUCUGGACUCCAAGCUGAUGAUCUGGAGCAUGAUUGGUGUCGGGAUAACAAAUGAAGAAGGUCGCUGUCCCGAUCUGAUCAGCCAGGAAGCGUUCACCCCGGGCAUGUACAAGCUGCGCUUUGAGACCGGUUCAUACUGGGAAAGUCUGGGUCAGGUAUCCAUCUACCCAUAUGUUGAGGUCGUCUUCACCAUCCGUGACCCGUCCCAGAAGUUUCAUCUCCCUCUGCUGAUGAGUCGUUUCUCCUACAGCACCUACAGAGGAAGCUGA